UCUGUCAACAACCCUCUGUGCAUACGUAGCGAGACGACCCUUCAAGUCCCAUGCAUGUCAGAAUGGGUUAUGAUCGAGUAUCGGAACAAAACAUCGCCCUUAUCCUUGCCCAAGCGACGUCUCACGUGCCUUUUGCAAUGUACGACAGGUGUCCGGCUUUCAGAUCUCUUUUCAAAAUGCUGACGGCUUCGUGAUCUCAAGUGACGCGCUCGAAGUGAGCCGAUGUAGAAGCGAUGAGAUGAAGAGAAAGAUGCUUAAGCUGAGGAAGCAUCACUCCCAAGUGAGGUAGACAUCUCUUUUUGUGACCUCGUUGUAACGCCACUUAGAUUUGAAAUUUCGACGCAGCUAACCCUCUCAGAGCUUACAUCCUCGCACAAGCGCAUUGUAAAGCAAGCACAGGCUCUGUCCACACAGCUUGUGCUCCAGAGGCGCUCAGCGAGCAGUCGACGGAGCAGCUAUUGGACAAGCUGCGGUCGCCCUGGAACAGGAUGACACCGGCCCACAGGGGCCACGUCCACAGUCAAGUUGACGACAUUUUUUACCGGCCACAGCCCGUUGCCCAACGGCGCCAGAUGCACCCGGCCCUGCGCCGUGUGGUCGAGGUAACCAAGGCGCUGGAGCGAUACAACGAGUACGCCCGCAAGCAGAUCAUGCAGCUGGAAGAGGGCAGACAGGCUCUGCAAGCGAGCGGGAGAGCGGCCGAGGAAAUGCCGGCUGCAUCCAAGAAGCUCAAGGCGAGACAGAGGAGACGGUCCAGGAGCGAGCAGUGUGCCCGACCCGGGUCUCCGCUCGCCUCGUCGUCUUCCGAAUACAGGGUGGAGCCUCUGGCACCAAGCCCCGUUGACGGCAUACAUUGUCUCCCUCUUCCUACUCCUACUCAGAGCUAUCUGUCGGGCGAAUCAGUGGUCGACAGGUCCAGAGACCCGAGGCUGCGAGGACAACGACGCGGAGGACGGGAGGGGUUAGACGUGGUCAACACCAAAGCCCAGUGUGCGUCCUGAAAUGUCGAAUUUCAGUCUCAGAUGCCCUAAUAUGUGGCAUGGGAGGUCAAAGAUUCUAGGCGACCCCAAGGGCUGACGGCGGAGGCGAGUUCAGUGGCGGUCGGGUCUGUAUCUUGUUCCGUCGAGGUCGAAGGCCCAGUGCCGACGACGAGAACGUCGUAGAGAAAUCUUCACCUUGGCCUGACGUGGGAGAACUAUGCAGAGAGCCGGUCGUUGAGGAAAACAAGAGCCCCAAGUCCGGUCUUGCGGUAGGAAAAGAGAGAGAGAGAGAGAGAGAGAGAGAGGGAGCAGCACGUAUCACUUGCGAUUUACUAGAAAUGGUUCACGUCCUAAUGCACCGGAAUUUUACAGAGCUCUUUUCAAC